AUGGACCACAGGCCAUCGGCCACGACACGUGGAAAACCCAUUGAUGGCAACCGCUUGGUAACUAAGGUCCCAUCGGCCGGCCCGUCGGGCGGCCCGUCGGGCGGCCCAUCGGGACUUCUGUCCAAAAUCAGCCGAAAGGCACAUCCGGAGCACAAUACGAAACAGAUUUGGCGCGAGCUGAACAUGCCCACCGAUUGUGACUUCCUGGGACCGAGCGUCUUCAGUUUGCCCGAGAAGCUCCUGAGACACAACACAAAGAUGCGACCGUCCCCCCUGGCGCGCCCGCGACCGGACCGGAAUGCGGACAAAAAGAAAAUUCGCUCGUACACAGCCCUGCGUAAGGAUCGCGAAGACUUUCGACGCCGCCUGGUAAGGCUGAUCGUGCGCAAGGAGCAUGAAAAGGACGAUCCCGAAAACACCUUCCCGAACGUGGAGGAGCGUGAGCUGCUCCGCUACUAUCACUACAUACGGCACGGAAUCGAUACGGUGCACGUAUCGCCGGUGGACAAGCGGGUCCUGCAUCGCAUCCUGCGGCUUAUACCGAAAAACCUGAGCCGCUGGAAGCAAGCGUUGCGGGACAUAAUUUGCGAAAUCAAGGAGGACUACUCGUUUGCGGUGCGCAAAGCGGUCGUGGACUUUGUGCUGGGCGACGCGAUGACCAAGUACGCCCGGAAGGAGGAAAUAACACCGGGCCGGGCGGAGAUAAAGGAGAUGCGGCUCAAGUGGAAGCACCGGUACGAUGAGAAUCGGGCAAAGAUCCGUCGCAAUCUGUUCUCCAUCAAUGCGUGCUCCGAGCAGAUCCUGGAGCUGUGGGAUACGACCUUCAAACAGCUGUUGCUUGUCGAUGUCAAGGAGCUGGAAGCGAAGGGUGAAGCGUACGAUUUGACGGAGUUUACGUCCACAGUCAAUCAGCAGAUAGAAGAAGCACGGUUGACGCUGUCUGAUAAGUGGUAUGGAGCGAUCAAAACCAUCUUCCACAAAGGCACCAAGAAGAAGCUGAUCCCGGAUGAGUCGAAACCGAAGAUGCUGAAAAAGUUUUUCAACUCGCUCGCAACCCUCAUGACACGGCAGCUGCAAAACUUGUGCAUCAACAGCAUCGAGGCCUACACGCACUACAUCUGUGACGUUGGGCGCUCGAAUCAAGGAUUUCGGUUGACGAUUCUAUUGGAAAACCAGGACUCGCUGUCGUUCAUUCCGAGUUUUCCACGGUUCCAGAUCGAGAUACUGAAGAUCAUCGACAAUGUGGCGAAAUCGGUCAAAAGCUUUCCACGAAUCGAGCGACAGAUCUAUCCCGACUUUCCCUGUCCACACGAUGUUUUGAGGCCCGAAAUUCCGCCCGAAGUGAUCAACGUGUGUAAGCAAAGAAUUCACGAGAUACUGGAGGAGCAACGCAUCGGGCCCGAGCUGCGGAUGCAGGAUUUCGACAACUACAUGACCCUGAUGAACGGCUCGGACAUCGACGAGAUCGAGCGGUUCAUGGAGAAACGGCCAAGCUUCGAGGAGUACUGCACCUACAUUCAGCGGUACAAAAAGAUGGAGAACGAUGUGGCACGCGAAAUCUACGGUGUGUUGUCGAUGGGUUUCUACGAGUUUCAUCGCGAAGGUCUGAUCGACACGCUGGAGGGGUUGGCCAAGUUCAUGCAGCAAGAGCUGAUCGCGAAGAUGACGGCCGACCAGCAGAGCGGGGCCCAUCAGCUGGCAAUUGAGUACGAGGCGAUAUCGAUGAAAAUCACCACCAUCCCGAAGGACACGGUCGAGCUGAUGUCACUGAAGGCGUACGCUAUCCAGAUGGAGGAGACGACCAUACCGGAGAUGGAGGAACGGUUGAAGAAAAACCUGCACCACCUACUCUACCUGACGGACUACACGAUCUACACGCCGCUGGAAAUCAAGCAGAACAACAACACGUUCCAGUGGUACAUGAAAAUGGCGACUAUUUUUCAGGACCACAAGAACAUCGUCGGGGAGAAGGUGAUCGAGUAUCAGGACGCGCUGAAGCGGCGCAUCGAAAGUUUCCGGCGCGACCUGGAGCUGUUCUGGCAGCAGGUCAAGGAGUACGACUCGUGGGGUGACAUUAAGAACCUGCAAAAGUACAAAAAGAAAGCCACCGCCCUCGACAACAAGCUGGUGGCCGCCAUGGAAAAGAUUGACCAUAUCAACGAGGAGGAGACGGCGUACGGCUGGGACCUGUCGCAGUACCCCAUUCGGAAGCAGUGCCACGACAAGCUGGCGCCGUACAAGCAGCUGUACGACGCCGGGCAGGAGUUUAUGGACAAACAUGAUCUGUGGAUGCACUCGCAGGUCGGUUCGCACGAUCCGGAGCAGGUCGACGACACGGUGGGAACGCUGUACCGCAGCGUGUUCAAGCUGGAGAAGCAUUUUUCCGAUUCGUACCAAACGCAACGCCUGGCACACGAUAUCAAGAACCGCAUCGAUCAGUUCAAGACGCACAUGCCGAUCGUCCAAACGUUGGGCAACCCCGGCAUGAAGGAGCGCCACUGGGAGCAGGUGUCGGAAAUCAUUGGGUUCCCGAUACGCAUCUCGGCCGAGCUGACGCUCGAACGGGUGAUCGACUACGGGUUGGACGAUUACAUACAGCGCUUCGAGACGAUUUCGGAGAGUGCGACGAAGGAGAACAACCUCGAGAAGGCGAUGAUCAAGAUGGUGAACGAGUGGAGCGAUAUGGCGUUCGUGGUCCUGCCGUACCGCGACACCGGCACCUACAUCCUGUCGGCGAUCGACGACAUUCAGGUGCUGCUGGACGAUCACAUCAUCAAGACGCAAACGAUGAAAAGCUCGCUGUACAUCAAACCGUUCGAAAAGGAUAUCAUGGCCUGGGAGAAGAAGCUGAUGCUUCUGCAGGACAUCCUCGAUGAUUGGCUGAAGGUGCAGACGACCUGGAUGUAUUUGGAGCCGAUCUUUUCGAGCCCGGACAUUCAAUCGCAGAUGCCGGAAGAGGGUCGCCGAUUCAGUGCGGUCGACAAGAUCUGGAAGGAUCUGAUGAAGUCGGUUCACGCCGACACGAAGGUUCUGGUUGUGCUGGAAAUAGACAAAAUGUCGGAGAAACUGAAGAAAUCCUACGGCCUGCUGGAGGUCAUCCAGAAGGGCUUGAACGAGUACCUGGAAAAGAAACGGCUUUACUUCCCGCGGUUCUUCUUCCUCUCGAACGACGAGCUGCUGGAGAUCCUGUCGGAAACGAAGGAUCCCACGCGCGUCCAGCCGCACUUGAAGAAGUGCUUCGAGGGUAUUGCCUCGCUGCACUUCACCGAAGCCCUCGACAUCACGAUGAUGCGCUCGAGCGAGGGCGAGGAGGUCGAGCUGGUCGAGGAGGUGUCCACGGGCAAGGCGAAGGGCCAGGUGGAAAAGUGGCUGCUCGAUCUGGAGCGCUCGAUGAAGAGGAGCAUCCACCUGAAGGUGGCCAACUCGUACGAGGCGUACACGGAAACCGAACGCCACCGGUGGAUGCUGAUGUGGCCGGGCCAGUGUAUCCAGUGCAUCUCCUGCGCCUUUUGGACGCUGGAGACUACGCUGUGUUUCGACAGCGAAAACCCGGUCGCGGCGCUGGAAGAGUACCUGGAGACGUGCAAGGUUCAGAUAUCGUUCAUCGUGGACCUGGUCCGCGGGAAGCUGGCCAUGCAGAAUCGCCUCACGCUCGGGGCACUGGUCGUGCUGGAUGUUCAUGCGCGCGACGUGCUGCUGGAACUGAUCGAGAAGCGAACGGGGCAGGUGGACGACUUCAACUGGUUGGCCCAGCUGCGUUACUACUACGAGGAGCAGAACCUGGCCACCCGUAUGAUCAACUCGACGCUCCCGUACGGGUACGAGUACCUCGGUAACACCUCCCGGCUGGUGAUCACCCCGCUCACGGAUCGCUGUUUUCGGACGCUGUUCGGGGCACUCCACCUGCACCUCGGGGGAGCACCGGAGGGACCGGCCGGGACGGGUAAGACGGAGACCACCAAAGACCUGGCGAAAGCGGUCGCCAAGCAGUGCGUCGUGUUCAACUGUUCCGACGGGCUGGACUACAUCGCGUUGGGCAAGUUUUUCAAGGGGCUCGCCUCGUGCGGUGCCUGGUCGUGCUUCGAUGAGUUCAACCGCAUCGACUUGGAGGUGCUGUCGGUGGUGGCACAGCAAAUUCUGACCAUCCAGCGGGGCAUCAAUGCCGGUGCGUCCACGAUGGUGUUCGAGGGCACCACGCUGACGCUCGAUCCGACCUGCGCCGUGUUCAUCACGAUGAACCCGGGCUACGCCGGCCGGUCGGAGCUGCCGGACAACUUGAAGGCCCUGUUCCGCUCCGUCGCCAUGAUGGUGCCGGACUACGUGCUGAUCUCGGAGAUCGAGCUGUACGCUUUCGGCUUCCUUAACGCCAAACCGCUGGCGGUGAAGAUCGUGGCCACGUAUCGCCUAUGCUCGGAGCAGCUCAGCUCGCAGCCUCACUACGACUACGGGAUGCGCGCGGUCAAGUCGGUACUGAAGGCGGCCGGUGCACUGAAACUGCGCUACCCGGGCGAAUCGGAAGACAUAUUGGUGCUGCGGUCGAUCAAGGACGUAAAUUUAGCGAAAUUCCUCACCCAAGAUGUGGCCCUGUUCCAGGGCAUCAUCUCGGACCUGUUCCCGGGCGUGGCGCUCCCGGCACCGGACUACGCAGUGUUCGACGAGGCCGUGCGGGGGGCCUGCACGAAGCACAACAAGCAGUGCACCCCGUUCUUCCUCGAGAAGGUGCAGCAGCUGUACGAGAUGAUCGUAGUGCGACACGGGCUGAUGCUCGUGGGCCCGCCGCUGGGGGGCAAAACGACAGCGUACCGUGUGCUGGCUGAAGCGUUGGCUAGCAUCGAGGAGUCAGCGAGCGAGAUGGGCGAGCACCGGGUCCAGUACACCGUGAUCAACCCGAAGGCCAUCACGAUCGGGCAGCUGUACGGGCAGUCGGACCCGGUGUCGCAGGAGUGGAGUGACGGGAUCCUGGCGGUCAGCUACCGCCAGUACGCCCAAAGCACGAGCCCCGACCGGAAGUGGCUGAUUUUCGACGGUCCGGUCGAUGCGAUCUGGAUCGAGAACAUGAACACGGUGCUGGACGAUAACAAGAAGCUGUGCCUGAUGUCGGGCGAGAUCAUUCAGCUCGCCCCGACCACGAACCUCCUCUUCGAGGUGAUGGACCUGGACGCGGCUUCGCCCGCCACCGUGUCCCGGUGCGGUAUGAUCUUCAUGGAACCGCUGGCGCUGGGCUGGGAGCCGCUGCUGGAGUCGUGGAAGACCACGCUGCCCCCGGCCCUGCACUCGCUGAACAAGCAGGUGAUCACGCAGAUGUUUCACCGCUUCUGCCCGCUGCUGCUGUGGUUCGUGCGCAGGGGCGGCGGGCUGCGCGAGAUGCUGCCGACGAGCGACUCGAACCUCGUCCUGUCGGUGAUGCACUUGUUCGACUGCUUCAUGGACGACUACCGGAACGAGGCGUACAUGAAGGCGGUCUCGGAGGUGGACGUGCGGGCGCAGCUCGAGGGGGUGUUCUUCUUUUCCUGCAUUUGGGCUAUUGGCGGCCCGCUCGAGACCGACAGUCGGUGCCGCUUCAGCGAACUCUUCCGCGCACUGACCGAGAAAGUGUUUCCGCCGGAGCUGAACGAGAAGUUCCGCAUACCGGAGCAUCUGCAGGUGCCGCCACUGCCGAAGCCAUUCAUCUUCCAGAUCCCGAGGGGUGGCACCGUCUUCGACUACCGCUUCACGAAGGAGGGCAAGGGGAAGUGGCGCCCGUGGGCCGAGGAGAUUGGCCAGAGCACCAGCAUCCAGCGGGACGUGCCGGUGAAUCAGGUGAUCGUGCCGACGGUCGAAACGAUACGCAUCGGGGCGCUCCUGGAGCUGCUGGUGCAGCACGGCAAGUGUCUGCUGCUCGUCGGGCCCACGGGCACCGGCAAGAGCGUCUACACGAUCGACUUCCUGCUCAAGCGCAACGACACCAACGUCUUCAAGCCGCUGCUGAUCGCGUUCUCGGCGCAAACGACCGCCAACCAGGUGCAGGACAUCAUCAUGUCGAAGCUGGACAAGCGGCGCAAGGGCGUGUACGGGCCGCCGCUCGGUAAGAGGUGUGUCGUGUUCAUCGACGACGUGUCGAUGCCGAUCCGCGAAACGUACGGCGCCCAGCCCCCGAUCGAGAUCGUGCGCAUGUGGCUCGACCACCGCCUCUGGUACGACCGGAAGGACGUGACCGCGAUGAAGCUGGUCGACCUGCAGCUGAUGUGCGCGAUGGGGCCGCCGAGCACCGGCAACACCGUGUCGGCCCGCUUCUCCCAGCACUUCAACGCCGUCGCGAUGGACGAGUUCGACGACCAGACGCUUCAGCAGAUCUUCAGCAAGAUCGUGCUGUGGCACCUGGAUACGCGCGGUUUCUCCAAGGAGUUCGAUCCGUGCAUCGACGAGAUCGUGCUGUCGACGCUGCAGCUGUACCGCCAGGCGCGGGCCAUCCUGCUGCCGACGCCGGCCAAGUGUCACUAUCUGUUCAACUUGCGCGACUUCUCGCGCGUCAUCCAGGGUGUGCUGCUGUCCGUGCCGGAGGGCACCGAAACGCUCAACUCCAUGCGGCGCCUCUGGGGCCACGAGAUCCUGCGCGUCUACGGCGACCGGCUGGUGGACGACGCCGACCGGGAGUGGCUGUUCCAGGAGCUGUGCACCGUGAUCCGCGAGUACAUGAGGGAGGAUCCGAAGGUCCUGUUCGAGCGGUUCGUCGAAGGCAACGAGCUGACCGAGACGUCGCUCCGGGCGCUCAUGUUCUGCGACUUCACCAACCCGAAGGCGGACACGAAGCUCUACCUCGAGGUGAUGGACAUCGAGGAGCUCAGCUUCGUCGUCGAGUCGUACCUGGUGGAGUUCAACAACAUGUCCAAGAAGCCGAUGUCGCUGGUGCUGUUCCGGUUCGCGAUCGAGCACCUGUCCCGUAUCUGCCGCAUCAUCAAGCAACCCCGCAGCCACGCCCUGCUGGUGGGAGUCGGUGGUUCCGGCCGGCAGUCACUCGCCCGUAUCGCCUCGCACAUUUGCUCGUACGAAUUAUACCAGGUGGAAAUCUCCCGUCAAUACGGCAUGACGGAGUGGCGCGAUGAUAUGAAGAAUUUGCUGAAAAAAGUUUGCGGUGCCGAUCAGCACAUUUGCUUCCUGUUCACCGACACGCAGGUCAAGGAGGAGGGCUUCCUGGAGGACAUAAACAAUCUGCUCAACUCGGGUGAAAUUCCCAACCUCUUCACCAACGAGGAGAAGAGUGAGAUCAUCGAACGAAUGCGCCAGAUGGACCGGCAGAAGGAGAAAAGUCAGCAAACCGACGGCAGCAUCGUGGCGCUCUUCAAUCUGUUCGUCACGAUCAUCCGCGAUCAACUUCACAUCGUGUUGUCCAUGUCGCCGAUUGGCAGCGCUUUUCGUAACCGUGUCCGUAAGUUCCCAUCGAUCGUGAACUGCUGCACGAUCGAUUGGUUCCAGCCGUGGCCGAAGGAUGCUCUGACGGCGGUGGCCACUAAGUUUCUGUCGACGGUUGAAAUGGUCGACAUGGAGCGGCAGUGUUGCAUCGAUAUGUGCAUGGAGUUCCACACCACCACCCAGCAGCUGUCGGACGAGUUUCUGAUCCGACUCAACCGAUACAACUACGUCACGCCGACGUCCUACCUUGAGAUGAUCCACACCUUCAAGACGCUGCUCGACCGCAAACGGACAGAGGUGCUCACGGGGAAAAAUCGCUACCUGACCGGGUUGAAGCAGUUGGAAAUUGCGGCCCAGCAGAUUGGCGUGAUGCAGGAGCAGCUGGAAGCGGUGCAGCCGCAGAUGAAGAUUGCCGCUGAAACGGUGGCCCAGCAGAUGGCCAAGGUGCAGGCGGACAGUGAGGUGGCCGCCGAACAGAAGCAGCUGGUGGAGAAGGACGAGGCGGCCGCCCAGGAGCAGGCGGCCGCCGCGAACGCCAUCAAGGAGGUGUGUGACGCGAAGCUCGCCGACGCGAUGCCCAUUCUGGAGGCGGCCAUGGAAGCGCUCAACACGCUGACGCCGGCCGACAUCACGAUCGUGAAAACGAUGAAAAGCCCCCCGGUCGGAGUGAAGGUGGUGAUGGAGGCCGUCUGCAUCCUGAAGGACCUGAAACCGGACCGGGUACAGAAUCCGUCCGGCAUGGGCAUGAUCGAGGACUACUGGGGGCCAUCGAAGCGGCUGCUGGGCGACAUGAAGUUCAUGGAGGGGCUGCUGAACUUCGAGAAGGACGAUAUCCAACCGAAGGUCAUCCAGAAGCUGGAGGAGCGCGUGCUGACGAACGAGAACUUUGACCCGGAGAAGGUAAAGGCGGCCUCGACGGCCGCCGAAGGGCUGUGCAAAUGGGUCAUCGCGAUCGUGAAGUAUGACAAGGUGGCGAAAGAGAUUGCCCCGAAAAAGGCGGCCCUAGCGGAGGCUCAGGAGAGCUACAAUUCCGCAAUGACGGUGCUGAAUGCCAAGUUGGAGCAGCUGCGUAUAGUGGAGGAGAACCUAGCCGAUCUGCAGCGCAAGCUGGACGAGCAGAUAGCGCAACACGCCAAACUGCAGGCCAACGUCGAGCUGUGCAUGAAGAAGCUGGAACGAGCCACCGAAAUCAUCACGGGGCUGGGCGGUGAGAAGGACCGCUGGCAGACGGCGGCCGACACGCUGGCCCAGGUCUACGACACGCUUACCGGGGAUGUGCUGAUAGCUUCGGGGAUCGUAGCGUACCUCGGCCCGUUCACGAUGCAGUUCCGGGCGCAGCAGAUCACCCAGUGGAAGGAGCGUUGCGCCGAUCGUGGUAUCAUCUGCUCGCGCGACUUCCAGCUGGUCAACGUGCUGGGCAACCCGGUCGACAUACGGGCGUGGAACAUCUUCGGCUUGCCCAGCGAUGCCUUUUCGAUCGAGAGUGCAAUCAUCAUCCACAACGCCCGACGCUGGCCACUGAUGAUUGAUCCGCAGGGGCAGGCGAACAAGUGGGUUCGCAAUAUGGAGAGGGCAAACCGGAUUUGCAUCAUCCGACUGACCCAGCCGGACUACACGCGUGUCCUGGAGAACGCUAUCCAGUUCGGGCUACCGGUGCUGCUGGAGAAUGUCGGCGAAGAAAUCGAACCCCUGCUGGAACCGAUCCUGCUGAAGCAAAUCUUUCGCCAGGGCGGAACGAUGUGCAUCAAGCUCGGUGACUCGGUGAUCGAGUAUAACGAUUCGUUCAAGUUCUACAUUACGACGAAACUGCGCAGCCCACACUAUUUGCCCGAGAUCGCCGUUAAGGUGACGCUGCUCAAUUUUAUGAUCACCCAGACGGGGCUCCAGGAUCAGCUGCUGUCGAUAACGGUGGCGCGCGAGCGUCCCGAUUUGGAGACGGAGAAAAACUCGCUGAUCGUGCAGGGGGCCGAGAACAAGCGGCAACUGCAAGAGAUCGAGGACAAGAUCCUGCAGGUGCUGUCGUCCGAGGGUAACAUCCUCGAGGACGAGACGGCCGUGUCGGUCCUAAGCUCGUCGAAAACGCUGGCCAACGAAAUCAACGAAAAGCAAAUCAUUGCCGAGGUAACUGAGCGUCAGAUCGAUGCCGCCCGUUUGCAGUACACCCCAAUCGCGGCGCACUCCACCGUGCUGUUCUUUACGAUUGCCGACCUGGCGAGCAUCGAUCCGAUGUAUCAGUACAGCCUGAGUUGGUUCGUCAAUCUCUUUACCGCGGCUAUCGACAAUACCGAGAAGGUGGACGAGGUGCCGGCCCGCUUGGAGGACCUUAGGACCUACUUCACGUACAGCCUGUACGAGAACAUCUGCCGCAGUCUGUUCGAGAAGGACAAGAUACUGUUCUCGCUGCUGUUGGCCACCAACCUGCAGCUCGACGCCGCCCAGCUGGAAACGGCCGAGCUGAUGUUUCUGCUGACCGGUGGCGUUGGAUUGGAUAACCCGGAUCCGAAUCCCGCCAGCGAUUGGUUACCGGCGAAGAAUUGGGAUGAAAUCUGUCGGCUGACGGGUGCGUUCGGAGAGGUGUUCGAGGGGCUGCAGCAGCACGUCACCGCCAACAGGGAUACAUGGAAGCAGUUUUUCGACGAUGAAACGCCACACGCAGCGACGGUGCCCGAUCCGUGGAGUGGGCGCUUGACGGCAUUCCAGAAGCUGCUGCUACUGCGCUGUUUCCGCCCGGAUAAACUGGUUCCUGCAAUCGAGCUAUAUGUGGCACAAACGAUGGAACCAAAGUACGUCGAACCUCCUCCGUUCAAUCUGAACGCGUCGUACGAUGAGUCGAACUGCUGCGUACCGUUGAUCUUCGUCCUAACACCCGGUACCGAUCCGACGGCCACAUUGCUAAAGUUCGCCGACACCCAAGGGCUCGGUGCUAGCCGGCUGUUCUCGCUUUCGCUGGGCCAGGGUCAGGGUCCGAUCGCAGCGAAGAUGAUCGACGAGGGCACCAAAUUCGGUAACUGGGUCCUGUUGCAAAACUGUCACCUUGCGCAAAGCUGGAUGCCGACGUUGGAGAAAAUCUGCGAAAGCUUCCAGCCCGAUACGACCCAUCCGGACUUCCGGCUCUGGUUAACCUCCUACCCGACGGAGCACUUCCCGGUGGUGGUGCUACAGAACGGCAUCAAGAUCACCAACGAGCCGCCGAAGGGUUUGCGCAUGAACGUGACCCGCUCCUUCACGAGCGAUCCGAUCUCGAACGUCGAAUGGUUCGAAGCCUGCAAGCAACCGGUCAGCUUCAAGAAGCUUCUGUACAGUUUGUGCUUCUUCCACGGCAUCGUUCAGGAGAGGCGUCAGUUCGGCCCGAUCGGUUGGAACAUCCCGUACGAGUUUAACGAAACCGACCUGAGCAUCAGCAUGACACAGUUGCGCAUAUUUAUGGACGAGUACGAAGAGGUUCAGUACGUGGCGCUGCGCUAUCUUACGGGCGAGUGCAACUACGGAGGUCGUGUAACCGAUGACUGGGAUCGCCGCUGUCUGAACACGAUCCUGGCAAAGUUCUACCAACCGGCCGUGCUAGACAGCAGUGGAUUCUACUUCGAUGAUGCCGCACAAUACCCGGUGCCGGACCUGAAAGAACACGAAGAGUUUGUGGCGUUCCUUAAGGAUCUACCGAUGAUUGCGAGGCCGGGAGUGUUUGGUUUACACGAGAAUGCCGAUAUCACAAAGGACCAGAAGGAGACGGACUCGUUGUUGGCCAGCACGCUAAAGACGAAGGAUCGUACGGAUUUGCUCUACAUGAAGAUUCUAGAGGAUCAGAAGAACACUUCAACAGGUGUGUUUAAGGAAUCUCCAGCAGAGUUGGUCAUUCGUGUAUCGAGCGAUAUUUUGAAGCGUUUGCCACCGGAAUUCGAUCGUGAUGCGGCCUUGGAGAAGUAUCCCACCGAUUAUCAUCAGAGCAUGAACACGGUGCUGGUCCAGGAAAUGGUACGAUUCAACGCGUUGCUAAACUGCAUACGGAGCAGCCUUGAUACGGCUCGAAAAGCAAUGCAAGGAUUGGUGGCCAUGUCACCGACGGUGGAGGAGGUGGUCGGGGCCAUUUUGAUCGGAAAAAUACCUUCAGUUUGGGCAAAACGAUCCUACCCGAGCUUGAAGCCGCUCGGAUCGUACAUCACGGACUUUAUUGCGAGGCUAGAGUUCCUUCAGAAAUGGUACGACGAAGGACCGCCGGCCACGUUCUGGGUUUCCGGGUUCUUCUUCACCCAAGCCUUUCUGACCGGAGCCCAGCAGAACUACGCCCGCAAGUACGUGAUCCCGAUCGAUCUGCUGGUGUUCGACAAUAAGGUACAGCGGGCGACGGAAUUUAACGAACCACCGGAGGAUGGCGUUUACGUGUACGGGCUGUUUUUAGAAGGCACUCGGUGGGACACGGAAAAUGGUUAUCUGGCGGAAUCGAUACCUCGCGUCCUGUUCGACACCAUGCCCCAUAUUCUACUGAAACCGAUAAAGAAGGAAGAUUUCGUGCCGAGACAUACGUAUACCUGCCCCGUGUACAAAACGGCCGAACGCCGGGGAACGCUCUCGACGACGGGGCAUAGCACUAACUUCGUGAUUGCCCUGCUGCUGGACUGUGCCCCUAACGCUAAGCCGGAGCACUGGGUUAUGCGAGGCGCUGCCAUGCUGUGUCAACUGAGUCACUAA